AUGUUUAGUAGAAUCCAAUCAUACGCUACCUCUUUGGCCAGCAAAGCCAAGCUUUACGCGAACAAGUCUGUCUAUUACUCAAAAGUGGCCGCUGAAGUUUCUAAGCAAGUCUAUUUGAAGGAAGGAUUACAACCACCUUCUGUCGCUGACUUCCAGAGCGUUUAUACUCAAUUAUACAAGCAGACUUUAGGCCUUGUUUUGAAACCUAAGGACUCUUUGGCAGUCUUUAAGAACGUGCAGAAAAACGACAUUUUGAGAUACGGUUCUUAUGGUAUCCAAUUAGCUGGGUUGUACUCCUUGGGUGAAAUUAUCGGUAGAAGAAAGGUUGUGGGUUACACAAACUACUCGGCUCAUGCUUAA